AUAUAAUUCCCAAAACUUACAUACAAGAAUUCGUUUAUAAAUAAAUGAAAUAAAUUCUUUCAUUUUAUUUUAAGAUUGCAAAGUGCAAACGUAGUUAAGCGAGGAUGAGAGCAUUUAGCAUGACAAAAAAAACAGGAAGUACAGAAUUCUCUGCAGUCAAAUAGUAUGCUCCAGCUUAACAGUUAGCAGGUUGCUUGGACUUGGAUAAAAAUAGCAAAAAGUUACAGCAAUCAAAAUUUUAUAUUGGUAUUUAAUCAUACAUGGUUGACUACAACUUAAGUAAUAACCAAUUGGAUCAUCACAAGAUUUAGUUCUUUAUUAAAAGCUUACAGUUUCUUUUGUAAUAGGAAGUUACUUAGGAACUUGUCCAAGAGAUCAGUGUCUCCAAAAAAAUAGCCACAUAUUGACCAUAAUCUUGGCUUUUGAGGCAAUACCUUCCCAUGAAAGAAAUCCAAUUAGUUACCAUUAAGAAAAAAAUGUUUAAACCAAGUUACCGUCCCAUGGUAGAAAUGCACGAUUACGAAAUAGUCCUGUCUUCUUCUGCACGUUUUCUUCCACCUCCAUUGAUUGAAGUUAUUACUGGCUGUUAACGGGUCGGGUCGCGCAGCCGGGGAUGUUAGUUAGAUUUAGAUAGAAAGGGUUGACCCGACAGGAGUGGCUUUGUGAAGUGCACUGCUGCGUUUAAUUGGAAAAAAAAAAUUAAUCAGAAACGCAAAUGUCAAGAAUCACCCAAUUCCGAGCUCUACUACUCCGCGGCACCACCAACCAGCGCUCCCCUCUCCGCCGCCCCGCCGUCGCCGAUUCUUCAUUUGCAUCAAAACCCUCAUUCUCUAAUGCCGCCGCGUUCCGCGCCUCUUCGCCUGUGUUCCACCCGCAACAACGCCUCGGCAAUAGCACCUUCCGAUUCUUCUCAUCCAAUUUCGACAAAGGCUUUGCGCAGAAGGUAUUUGAUAAACCGGCCGCCACGGUGACCUCGGCCUUCUCGCGUUACCGCGAGGCAAUUGGGCUGCAAAUCGAGGCGUUCUUCAAGAGGAAUACUCUCUUUCUGUGGGGCGCCGGUGGCGUUGUCCUCUGCGCUUUUCUGUGGAGGAUCCUUUUCGGGAUCGCUAACCUCUUCGUUGGACUCUCCGAAGGCAUGGCCAAGUAUGGCUUCCUUGCCCUUUCAUCUGCUAUCGUUGCUUUUACUGGCUUGUAUAUCCGUGCGAGGCUCACGAUCAACCCGGAUAAAGCCUAUAGAAUGGCCAUGACGAAACUUAACACGUCGGCUGGGAUUCUUGAAGUUAUGGGUGCCCCUCUUUCUGGAACUGAUUUGAGAGCCUAUGUCAUGUCAGGGGGUGGGCUCACUGUAAAGAAGUUCAAGCCAAGUGUUAGGGGCCGACGGUGUUUUCUCAUUUUCCCCAUAAGAGGGUCUGAGAAAAAGGGUCUAGUCAGUGUUGAAGUCAAGAAAAAGAAGGGCCAGUAUCAUAUGAAGCUGCUGGCUGUUGAUGUUCCCAUGGCUUCUGGUCCAGACCAGCGGUUGUAUCUAAUUGGGAAUGAAGAAGAGUACAGGGUCGGUGGGGGGAUAAUAUCUGAGCUAAGAGACCCUGUAGUGAGAGCAAUGGCAGCAACCAAGGAAUUUGAUGAUCUUGAUGAGAUUGAGGAAGAGGAAGAUGCUGAAAGAGAACGGCAAGAGGCUGAAAGAAAGGAGCAUGAAGAGAUUGAAAAGCUUGAAAAGAGUAGUGGCACCUAGUGGAUAGACUUUCGUGAUGUUUCUCUUGUGAUUUAUUCUCUUGUUGAUUACAGGAGGUUGAUGUUGUUUAAACACAUUUUGUUUUGUAUCAGUUCGAGUUUUCCCUAGAUUUAGAAACCCUUGUACCACAAAUGACCAAGUUUAUCUGAAAAUAAAGCUGACAGGGAUCAACGUGCAUUGGAAUGGACUCGGCAUUUGUUGGUUUCGAUGUAGCCUUGUCUCAAGUGGAUAAUCCUUGUCUACGAUAUAGUUACUAUCUGCCAUGGUUGGAUGUCAUUUCAGGAACCUAAAUUUUGACCCACCUGGCCCAUUCCCCUUGAAUGGAAAGUUGUUUCUAGUA